UUCUUGCAGGCUGCGUGGCUGGGGCGUCAUCUCGCGCUCCCAACUGCCCUGUAACCACCAACUGCCAUUAUUCCGGCGGGGACCCAGGACUUCCAGCCAUGUGGCGAGUCUUGUUGCUGCUCAGCGGGCUCGGCGGGCUGCGGAUGGAAGGUAAUUUUGGUAAUCUACCUGUGCAAAUUACAGUUCCAGAAAAAAUACGGUCAAUAAAAAAGGAAGGAAUCGAAUCACAGAUAUUCUACAAAAUUGUAAUUGAAGGGAAACCAUAUACUGUGAAUUUAAUGCAAAAAAAUUUUUUACCCAAUAAUUUUAGAGUUUACGGUUAUAGUCACACAGGAAUUAUGAAACCGCUUGACCAAGAUUUGCAGAACUUCUGCCACUACCAAGGGUAUAUCGAAGGUUAUCCAAAAUCUGUGGUGAUGGUUAGCACAUGUACCGGACUCAGGGGCUUACUACAGUUUGAAAAUGUUAGUUAUGGCAUUGAACCCCUGGAGUCUUCAGUUGGUUUUGAACAUGUAAUUUACCAAGUAAAACAAAAGAAAGCAGAUGUUUCCUUAUAUACUGAGAAAGAUAUUGAAUCAAGAGAUCUACCCUAUAAAAUACAAAGCAUAGAGCCACAACCAGAUUUUGCAAAGUAUAUAGAAAUGCAUGUUGUAGUUGAAAAACAAUUGUAUAAUCAUAUGGGGUCUGAUACAACUAUUGUCACUCAAAAAAUUUUCCAGUUGAUUGGAUUGACGAAUGCUAUUUUUGUUUCAUUUAAUCUUACAAUUAUUCUGUCUUCACUGGAGCUUUGGAUAGAUGAAAAUAAAAUUGCAACCACUGGAGAUGCUAAUGACUUAUUACGCACAUUUUUAAAAUGGAAAAGAUCUUAUCUUGUUUUACGUCCCCAUGAUGUGGCAUUUUUACUUGUUUACAGAGAAAAGUCAAAUUAUGUUGGUGCAACACUUCAAGGGAAGAUGUGUGAUGCUAACUACGCAGGAGGUGUUCUUCUGCAUCCCAGAACCAUAAGUCUAGAAUCACUUGCAGUUAUUUUAGCACAGUUACUGAGCCUCAGUAUGGGGAUCACUUAUGAUGACAUUCACAAAUGCCACUGCUCAGGAGCUGUCUGUGUUAUGAAUCCAGAAGCAAUUCAUUUCAGUGGUGUGAAGAUCUUUAGUAACUGCAGCAUCGAAGACUUUGCACAUUUUAUUUCAAAGCAGAAGUCCCAGUGUCUUCACAACCAGCCUCGCUUAGAUCUUUUUUUCAAACAGCAACCUGUGUGUGGUAACGCAAUUCUGGAAGCAGGAGAGGAGUGUGACUGUGGGACCGAAGAGAAUUGUACCUUUUUCGGAGCAACAUGCUGUGAUAGUGCCACAUGUAGAUUUAAAGCCGGUUUCAAAUGUGCUGAAGGACCAUGCUGUGAAAAUUGUCUAUUUUCGUCAAAACAAAGAGAAUGUAGGUCUGCCUUUGACGAAUGUGACCUCCCUGAAUAUUGCAAUGGAUCAUCUGCGUCAUGUCCAGAAAACCACUAUAUUCAGACUGGGCAUCCCUGUGGAAUGAAUCAAUGGCUCUGUAUAGAUGGAGUGUGUAUGACUGGGGAUAAACAAUGUAAGGACAUGUUUGGCCAAGAAGCAGAGUUCGGUCCUGCAGAGUGUUAUUCUCACCUUAAUUCAAAGACUGAUAUAUCUGGAAACUGUGGUAAAGUUGAUUCGGGAUACACGCCGUGUGGAGCUGAAAAUCUGCAGUGUGGAAAAUUAAUAUGUAAAUAUGUAGGGGCAUUUUUAUUAAAAAUUCCAAGAGCCACUACUAUUUAUGCCAACAUAAGUGGACAUCUCUGCGUUGCUGUGGAAUUUCCCAGUGAUCAUGCAGACAGCCAAAAGACGUGGAUAAAAGAUGGAACUUCUUGUGGUUCAAAUAAGGCUUGCAGGAAUCAAAGAUGUGUGAGUUCUUCAUACUUGGGUUAUGAUUGUACUCAACAAAAAUGCAACAGUAAAGGUGUAUGCAAUAACAAAAAGCACUGUCACUGUAGUCCUUCAUAUUUACCUCCAAAUUGCGCAGUUCAAUCAGAUUCAUGGCCUGGUGGCAGUAUUGACAGUGGCAAUUUUCCACCCACAGCAAACAACCUCCCUCAAAGGCGCUUCAUUGAGAACAUUUACCAUUCCAAACCAAUGAGAUGGCCAUUAUUCUUAUUCAUUCCUUUCUUUAUAAUUUUCUGUGUACUGAUUGCUAUAAUGGUGAAAGUUUAUUUCCAAAGGAAAAAAUGGAGAACUGAGGACUAUUCAAGUGAUGAGCAACUUGAAAGUGAGAGUGAACCUAAAGGGUAGUCUGGACAACAGAGAUGCCAUGAUACCACUUCUUCAAGAGUAAUUAUCUGCAAUGGAUAAACACACAUAAAAAAAAAGAUGGAAGAAAAGAGAAUGUACAUUACCUGAUUUCCUGGGACUCAAACCUGCAUAUUGUGAUUUUAAUUUGACCAAAAAAUAUGGUGUACAUAUAUAUGUAUAAUUUUACAGAUAAUUUACUAAUCAGAAAUGCAUGAUAAUGAGUUUUACAUUACAAUUUUUUUUUAAGUUCUCUCACUAUUUCUGUGGGUCAGUAGACACUAAUUCUGUCAGUAGGGGCAUGGUAUAAGGAAAUAUUGUAAUGUAAUGAGGUGGUACGAUAAUUAAAAGCCGCUGUUAUAUUU